GCUGCGCACUGCUCCCUUUAUCCGCAUUCACAUCAAGUUUUUAGUCUGGUAAUAGGACAGUAAAAUCGCUGGUUCUGUGCCAUUUCUCGCAUGGCAUAAUGUUUAAGAAGCUGAAGCAGAAAGUGAUAGAAGAGCAGUCGCCUCAGAGGAGCAGCGCGCAUGCGCAGGUGAGCUCAGAAGAGAGGCGCAGUCACCCCACUUUCCUGCAGCAGGAUGCCCCGUCCACCCCCAUCGACAGAGUGCUGCUGGCCGGGAUGAUAGCAGAACCUGCUUUUCUCUCUGAGUAUACUAUCUUUGCUCUGGACCACUCAAAACGACCCAAAGCGGCUCAGGUGCCCAGUAGCAUUGCGAAGGCAACAGGCAGCUCUCCGAGAGGCAGCGUGCACGGAGAUGGAAUCGCCCUUCCUCAGAGAGAGGAGUCUCUGUCUCUUGCACAGAAGCUGCAGCAGAAGGUUUCUUCGGUGGAGACUUUGCUUCGGGGUUCGGGUCGCGGUGAAGGGCUGUUCCGCUCAGGCUCGCGGGACAGUCUCGUCAGAAGCUCCUCAAGAGAAUCCCUUACUCUUGUGGGAGAGAAUGAAGCGCUGUCCACUCAGACUUACGAUCCACCUUCAGACAUUGAGAGUGAGGCAGAAGAAUCGCCCGGGAGUUUUGAGGGUCUGUCGAAAGAACAGCUCUUAAACCGCCUGCACCGGGUGGAGAGAAGCCUCGGCAAUUACAGAGGGAAAUACUCGGAGUUGGUUACAACCUACAGAACAGUACAACGAGAUAAAGAGAAAACUCAGGCCAUCCUUAGUCAGAGUCAAGAUAAAGCCCUUAGAAGAAUAGGAGAGCUCAGAGAGGAGCUACAGAUGGACCAGCAGGCCAAGAAACACCUGCAGGAGGAAUUUGACGCUGCACUUGAGGAGAAAGAUCAGAUGAUUACUGUGCUUCAGACACAAGUAUCUCUCUUGAAGAAACGGCUCCAGGUGUUUGGAGGUGUGGUCUCGUCAGAGGUCAAGACCUCUCAGCCCACAGAUGCAGUUGACGUGACCUCUGACUUUCAGACUCCCUCAAAAGACGACAGUGCGACGGUUAACACAGAAGGCAGUGCUGAGCCAGGCACCGUGGUGGAUGUUGAGGUGCUACAGGGGCGAAUCAAGAGGCAGGAGAGUCUCUUGCAGAGAUGCAAGGAGAUGAUUCAUUCCAGUAAAGAGCGCGCGGCACAGCUGGCCAGCGAGAAUGAUGUUUUACAGCAGCAGCUGCAGGAGAGACUGCAAGAGCUUGAGAAAAUAAAGGAACUCCACACUUCAGAGAAGACUAAACUGAUCACACAACUGGGCGACGCCAAGAACCUCAUCGAGCAGCUGGAGCAGGACAAGGGCAUGGUGAUCGCUGAAACAAAGCGUCAGAUGCAUGAGACUCUGGAGAUGAAGGAAGAAGAGAUCACUCAGCUGCGCUCAAGACUCCUGCAGACGCUCGCACAGAAAGACGAGCUACAGGAACUUAAGGAGAAGUCAGAGAAAGCAGCAUUUGAAGAGCUGGAGCGAGCCCUGGGUGUGGCCCAACGGGCGGAGGAGGCGCGCCGUCAGCUACAGAUGAACAUGGAGGAGCAGGUGAAGCAGGUGGAGAUGGCCAGCGAGGAAGAGAGGAAAAAUCUACAGCAGGAGCUCACCAGGGUCAAACAGGAAGUGGUCACCAUUAUGAAGAGGUCUUCAGAAGACAAGAUGGCAGAAAUGGAGCGGUUACACGCAGAGGCUAUGGCCAACAAAGAAGAGGAACUGAGUGCCCAGAUUAAACAUGCGGUGGAGCGGUGUCGUGAGGAACUAUUGCAGUUUGCACAGGAAAGGGAGCAGCAGGCAUCUCUUGCUCUGGAGGAGGCCGAGUUGCAGAAAGCUGCUAUUCAAACUGAAGGGGAGAACAAAGCCAAGGAACUACAUUUUGAGCUGGAGUCUGCCAGAACAAGAAUUCAAGAGCUGGAGAGUUGUCUGGGUAACUCUGAGAAGAAUGGUGCCAAAUCAGACAAUCUCUCAGCACAGGUUAAACUAGCUGCUCUAGAGGAAAGGCAUCAGCAGGAGUUGGAAAGGGCAACUACUGAGCAGAUUACAGUGCUCAACCAGCAGCAUAAUAUUGCUAUGGAAGAGCUUGUGCAGAAACACAAAGCUGAGAUUGAAUCCAUUCUAAAAGACAAAGAGGAACAGUUUCAUACUCAUGUAGAGGAGAUGAAUCAAAAGAUGCUGGAUAAGCUGUGUAAUAAACAGACAGAGCUUGAGACUGUGUCUUCUAAAUUUAGUGAGGUACUGAAGAGUAAACAACAAUUGGGAGAGAAGCUCUCUUCUAUGGAGACCACCAGUGAAUCUGCAAGACAAGAGUUUGAGGGGAGACUCAAGGAAGAACAUGCAAAAUAUCAGGCUGAGAUUGAAGCUGUAACGCGUCAACAUGAAGAAUCAUUUGCAGGGGUGGAGAAAAUGUUGAAAGAAGAACUAAAUCAGCUGAAGAUAGUGUUGGAGGAGAAGGAAAGGGUUCUAGACGAACAUGUGCUCAGGGAAAAGACUUUAGAAGAAGAAGCCAAGCAGGCUCUGCAAGACGGAAGUGUACAGUUGGAGGAGCUUAAGGAGAGACUCAAGAAAGAACAAGCAAAACAUCAGGCAGACAUUGAAGCUGUAAAACUCCAAAAUGAACAGUCAAUUGCAGGGGUGGAGAAAAUGCUUAAAGAAGAGCUAAAUCAGCUGAAGAUGGUGUUGAAGGAGAAGGAAAAGGCGCUGGAGGAACAUACACUCAGGGAAAAGACUUUAGAAGAAGAAGCCAAGCAGGCUCUGCAAGAUGGAAAUGCCCAAUUGGAUGAGCUCAAACUCAGGUCACAAUCUAAUAAAGAAGCCCUUGAUGAAUCCAGAGCUCAGAUUAGCUCUCUAACCGAAGAACUCCAACAAACCAGGAAUCAAGUGAAAGAUCUUGAGCAUGCUCUUGAGGCAAUCCACAAUGAUUGUCAAAAGAAAGAAGUCUGUCUUCAGCAAAAGACAAAUGAACUUCAGGAGCUUGAGCAAAAGUUGCAGCAAGUCAAGAAGGAUCUAACUGAAAAAGAGAAUUUGCAUGCUGAAACUUGCAAAGCAUUGCAAGAGGAGCAAAUCUGGUUGAGGAAGCAGCUGGAUGAUCAGAAGAGUUCUCAUGAGAAGAAACUUGAAAAUAUGAAGAAAGACAUGGAUUGUAAACUGAAAUCCCAAGAAAACAAGAUGGAGAAAUUCAAUCAGAAAGCCAAAGAAGUGCAGGAAAAGAUGAAGAAGAAGCUUCAUGAUCAAGAGGAGAAUGCAAAAGCAGAAUUAUCCAAGAAAGUUCAAGAGUUACAACAGAAAGACCAGCAACUGAAAGAGAAGAUCUUUGAGAUGGCACACACAAACUCUGAAGGACUCAGCAGUGCCAUCUCUGAUUUAGAGGCAAAUCACAAGGAGCAAGUAGAAAAGCUCCAUGUGACCCAUGAACAGAAGCAGGAAAACCUGGUUCAUCAUUGGCAGGAGAAGCUCCGCCAGCAUGAGGAGGAUAUGCAGGAAAAACAUGCCCUCUCUUUACAAGAGAAAGCCCAGGAGUUUGAGGAGAUAUCUCAGCAGCUUUCAGCCAGCAGAGAAGAGAGGGAACAGGUCUUAAAAGAUCUCCAGGACCUCAGGGAGGAGCUUGAUAUGAGGGAAACCACUGUGCAGAAACUGCAGACAGAGCUCAGGGAGGCAGCAAGCAAGCUGGAGAGUUUGUCUGAAGGAGAGGGUAUACUUAAAAGACAAGUCGAAACCAUGGAGAAGAAUCUCAACCAGGCCUUAAAUGAAAGGAACCUCUUUCAGGAUGAACUGAGAAAGGCAGAGAAAACUAGUAAAGAGAGAUUACAGAGCUUAUCUGAAGAGUUGAUAAACACCCAGAAAAAGCUGAGUGCACUUGAAACUUCCCAAUUUAAAGAGGGCGAAGACCUCCAGAGGACACUUGCAGAGAAAACUGUGGAGCUUCAAACUAAGGAAAAAGAGUUCCAGACCCAAAUGUGUUAUAUUAUGAAGGAGUGUGAGAGGUGUUGUCAAGAAGCCCAGGCUAAGUUAGAGGGUUUCUCUGUUGAGCUGUGUAAGAAAGUCGAUGGAAGGUUUGGAGAGUUACAACAUAGGGUUAUACAUCACCAGAAGAAGGUCAAAUAUCUAGGAAAUGUUAUCUUGACAAAGGACAACCGAAUCAACACUUUAGAGAAAGAACUUCAGCAGAAAUCGGAAGAAAACCAGAAUCUAAAAAGCUCUCUUGAUGAGAUUACUCUUCAGUUUGAUGCGAGUUCAAAGAAUCUUAAAGCCUUAAACGUCGAAAGGGAGUCUUUGCAAACCGAUGCCGAGAAUCGCUUCCAGGUACUUUCUGAGAAAGACCUUCACAUUGAGCAGCUUCAUGAAAAAAAUAAAAGCAUAUCAGAAGACCUCAAAGCAAAUAUUUUGCAAAUGAGCAAUCUAGAAUCUAUCAUAAAUGACUUGCAGACCCAGUUAGCAAGUAGCAUAACUGAGAAAGAGGAAGCCAUAUCUCUGCUGAAUCAGCAAAAUAAUGAGGAAAAAGAAACGCUAAAAUGCCAAAUGGGGCAGAUGGUGGAAAGGUUGGAAAAAGACAAGACCUCUCUUCAAGAGCAGGCAGAAUCACUCAGGAACAAGUUCUCUGAGCUGAAGAAGAAGUUCAGUCAGAGUCACAGCACUAUUAAGUCUCUUCAGAAACAAAUUGCAGACAUGGAGAGGCAGAUUAUGGAGAAGGAUGAGCGUGUUCAAAUGCUCACUGCCAGCAUUGACAAUCAGUCCAUUAGUAAGUCAGAAAUGGACCAGGCUCUUAGUGAGAAAGAACAGAAGGUACACACGUUGACCUCUGAGCUGGAAAGCUACUCGAUGAAAGUCAUCGAACUAGAGGAGCAGCUAAAGCAACAGAUAAAAGAGCAGGAGAAACUUGCAGCAGAUUUACAGCAGCACCUUAUCAUCAGGGAAAACGAUAAGAUAGAGAUAAUGAAACAGCUACAGGAAGCUCAAGACCAAAGCUCUCAGAAAGAUGCCAUAAUGCAGAAAACUCAGGAAAGCCUGCAGUCUUUGAAGGGAGAAAUCCAAACAGCCAAGCAAGAGCUGGAAACCCAGCAGGCUAACUUUGAGAAGGAGAAGGCUGAGAUUCUGAGGUUGAAAGAAGAGGCCUUGAAGGUGGCGCAAGAAAAAGCAUCCUCUGAGACUGCUAGUAAAGUAGCUGAGUUGAAGAAGAAGGCCGAGCAGAAAAUCGGUAUGAUUCGUAAACAGUUGACAUCACAAAUUGAGGAAAAGGAACAGACCAUCAAAGAUCUGCAGACCCAGCUUGAAGGAAUCAAGCAAACCCAGACUGAAAAGGAAGAACAUAUUAAGACUCUGGAGGAGAAUGACAAGACAACAGAAGAUAACAUAGCUAAAUUACAGGAAGAACAUACAAAGCAUCUAGAAGAGUUGCACCAGAAAGAGAGUGCAGAAAGACAGACCUGUCUGCAAAGCUUAAAAGAUAUAUAUGAAGAGAAGCUUGCUGUUCUUCAAAAAGACAAGUCUGCAAAGGAAAAUCAAUGCGCUAUUGCUGCUAGGGAAAAAGAAGAGAUACUUUUAAGACUAGGAGAGUUUGAGCAAAAACUCUCAGAAUCCAAUGAGCAGAUUUCAAACUACCAAACUGAGAUUAGUUGCCUUAAGGCAGACUUGCUCAAACAGACAACAUUGGUCCAAGAGCUUCAACAGACCUGCUUGGAUCUUCAGGACCAAAUUAAGGAGAAACAGAUUGAAGAAGCUGAGAUUGAGCAUGUUUCAGAAGCACAGACUACUCGCAGUUUGCUAGGAUUGGAACCUGCAACAUUGCUGGCCAAGGAAGACAUAGACACUGUCAGGGACCAAGAUGAUUGGAGAAGUCAAAAAGACUUGUUGGUGAAGGAAUACGAGGAGAAGCUCAAAGACUUGCACAGAAGGCUUGAAGAGAAAGAAAACCAGAUAAGAGCACAACAGAAUUCACCUCAAGGAAACGGGGAGACAGAUAGUGAGUGCCUAAACAACAAUACAAACACCUCAGAGCACGAGCUUCAGAAAAAGCUGGUGGAAGCUGAGAAUGAGAAGCAGAAGCUCCAUAAAGAUUACACCAGACUUCAGAAAGACCUACGCUCUCUAAGAAAACAGCAUGAGAAGGAACUGGAAUUCCUGAAGAAAGAGGUUGCUGAGGAAAGCGAACAAAAACUGAUGCUUGAAAUGGAAGAUAUGGAAAUUAAACACAACUCUUCUCUGAAGCAGUUAAUGAGGGAGUUCAACACCCAGAUGGCUUUGAAGGAAAAGGAACUGGAAGGCUCCGUAAAGGAGACCAUUGAAAAGGCCCAAACUGUUGAAGCUGAGCUAAUAGGUUGCCAUCGAGAGGAAGUGAGUCAGUUUCAGAAAAUAAUCGCCCAGAAGGACGAAGACCUAAACAGAACGGUUCAGCGGUACGAGCAAGUCCUUCAGAGUCGUGAGGAGGAGAUGGGUGGCCGUGUGUGGGAGGUGCAGAAGGAGUUAGAGGAGCUCCAGCAGAGAAGUCUCAGUGACCCUCAGGGUCUUGAUGAGCUAAAGGUUCAGCUUGCUGAAAAGACAACCCUUCUGAGUGAGGCCAGGCUGAAAGAGCAGAAAUACCAUGAUAGGAUCUACGCUCUGGAGGACAAGAUAAGACGCUCCCAUAAAAAUGCAGUGGUGACUCACCUGGGAAGCACAUAUAGAGAUACGUCACACAACAGUGCAGACUCCUUCUCUGAACCCACUGAAUUUGAGUAUCUCAGAAAGGUCAUAUUUGAAUACAUGAUGGGAAGAGAGACGAAGACAAUGGCCAAAGUUAUAACAUCCAUGCUGAAGUUUCCACCUGACCAGGCGCAGAAGGUUCUAGAGCACGAGGAUUCCCACGUCAUGCCUUGGCUCCGGUGAGGUGGAACCAGAACCGUGCCUGAACGACCUGACGCAAUGACUGAUUCUGCUGCUGCUACUGCUGCUGAGAGGCAACUGACGUGAAAGAGGCCCUGUCUAUUGAUCUACUUAGUGUCGAUCACUACUGUAUG